AUGUUCACUCCAAAUUCACCGGAUUCCACGGCAAUCAUGCAAAUUUUUGCAAACAACAAUGCUAAACGAACGGGAAAUGCAUUGAACAUUGAAAAUGUCAACCUCGGACUUAAUGACAAACUGGAAAAAACUCUUGGCAUCGUCCCCGUGCAAGACGCAAACUUCAUCUAUAAUUACACCCUGCUUAAUCCAAACGUCACGAUGUUUGCCAUCGAAUUUAGCACUGAUCCGGGUCCACCGACGAAUUAUAGAUAUCAGAUUUGGUUUAAUGGUACUCUCACGGCGAAUGACACCGACUUCUUUGGCGACCAGGUUUUAUCCUUCCAACGUGGAAUUGAUGAAGCUAUUAUUGCAUUCGCCACAAAUGAUUCGAAUGCCGAGUUGAACGUUAAUCUCAAGGAUUGGCCCAAAGUUCCACCUACUCAACUCAACGACGAAAUCGUCUCGUCAUUUGGAGCCACCUUCUUCUUCUGUGCCGAAAUGAUAAUUUUCAUUACCAUCCUAAACACAAUUGUGACCGAGAAAGAGUACAAAUUGAAGGAUAGCUUGGUGAUGAUGGGUUUGAAAGUGGAAAUCUAUUGGCUUUCAUAUCUCCUCUCUAACGCGUGGCUGGUCGUCGCCUGUUCCUUGGUGACAUGUGUGUUUGGUGAAAUUUUCGGAUUCUUUGUCUUCAGGAAUGCAAACUUUGCUGUAGUGUUCAUUGCCUUCACUCUCUUUGGUCUUGCCAUGGCAACUUUUGCAUUCUUCAUCACAACCUUCUGUCGUCGUUCCCGUGUUGCCAUACUCGUUGGUAUCUUAAUCCUCAUCAUCGGUCUCCUAUUUCAAUCUUUUGUAUUCUCCAACGCAUACGUCGGUUACAUCUGGUGGAGUAGCUCCGUCAGUUCGGCAGGUUGGAUUAUCUUGAUGUUUUUGCCUUUCUUCAACUUUGGUAAAUUCUUUCUGGAUUUAUCAAAUUUGACCGCCGGUAAACUCGACCAACUGACUCAGACCGUCAUUCCCGGUCCCGGCUUCCAUUGGAGUGAUCUUUACAAUUCCAUCCCUAGCAAAUUUAUUACCCCAUAUAGCGCUUCUGGUAGCACUCCUGUUGUGCCGGCACCUGUUCAGAGUUGGUACUUCCUACUGAUGAACAUUGUACUAUAUAGCUUUCUCACGUGGUACUUCGACAAAGUAAUUCCAGAUGAGUUUGGCAACUACAGGAAUCCACUUUUCUUUUUAACUCCCAGCUACUAUGGAAUUAAAUUUAAAAAGUCUGCAGACUUAAAUACUUGGUUGGCCAAAAACAAGAAAAUUGGCAAGAAUCAUGAUGGCGAGGAUGAGGACGUUGCAAAUGAACGUGCGCUUGCUUUCGAUGCCACGCGAAAUUUUGCCGUCAGAAUUUGCAACUUAAACAAGGUUUACCAGCAGUCAAUGUUUGUUGAAAGCAAGCUCGACAAGGUGGCCGUCAACGAUUUGUGUUUGACAUUAAAGGAAGGAAAAUGUUUGGCAUUGUUGGGUCAGAAUGGUGCUGGUAAAAGUACCUCGAUAAACAUCCUUUCCGGUGCUACUCCAGCCACAAGAGGUGACGCGUUAUUAUACGGGUUCAGUCUUAAAACUGACAUGGGUUCGAUUCGCAACAUUAUGGGCGUGUGCCCCCAGCACGAUAUCCUCUUCAACGAUUUAACCGCGCGGGAACACAUUGAACUUUAUGCUGGCAUCAAGAACAUACCUCCUGUGGAGAUCGAAAAAUUGGUUACUGAACGUUUGGCUGCGGUACGUCUAAACAAGGUCGCGAACAAGCCGGCGGGAUCUUAUAGCGGUGGUAUGAAGCGCCGUCUCAGUAUGUUGAUCUCCACCAUCGGAGACCCCAAGAUCAUAUUUAUGGACGAACCAACCACCGGUAUGGAUCCGGUGAAUAGACGCCAUGUGUGGAGUUUCAUCGAGAAGUUCAAGAAGGGUCGAGUUAUCAUUCUGACCACACAUUCCAUGGAGGAGGCCGAUGUACUGGGAGAUCGUAUAUGCGUCAUGGCUCACGGUAAAUUGAGAGCCCUCGGUAACACGAUUCACCUCAAGAACAAAUUCGGCACCGGUUAUCGCAUAUCGCUCGUCACCAACCCUCAAGAUUCGCCGAGACUUAAGGAAUUAGUUGAAUCGAAACUGCCCGGUGUAAAUUUGGAGGACGAUUCGGCUGGUGCUUUGAUAUACGAGAUGCCAAUUUCUUCACUGCCGACUUUACCACCGUUCAUCAAGUGGCUGGAAGAAAAUGAUGAGAUGAGCGAAUCCGAGCCCGGAAAGAAAUUGAUUAGAGCCUGGGGUGUUAGUCAGAAAAGUUUGGAAGAGGCUUUCUUGCGAUUGAUCCGUAACGCGAAUCCAAAAGGUUACGACGCGUACGAACGACUAGAGGAAACCAACGAAAAGUCUGACCAGGUUUCCGGGCUGAGACAACGUAACGUUUCAUCCGCCAAAUAA